AUGGCGCAAGGCGUGGCGAGCGACUUCUCAAAGUGCCCGAACCACAUGCGCGGUGCAGACUUGCGCGGAGCCUCGCUCGGGCGCUCGAAGUUUGACGGCGUGGACCUGUCCUUCGCGAUCUUCGACCACGCAGACGUCCACGGUUCGACCUUCUACGACACCAAGCUCGAGAACGCGUCUUUCCUCGGCGCGAACCUGGCCAAGGCCAACUUCUUCACGGCCAACCUCCGCGGGGCCAACUUCACCGGCGCAACCUUGACAGAGGACUCGCUGCUCUUCAACUCGUCGUGGGAGAACACGAUCAUGGUCGACAUCCGGAUGGAGGCAGUAUAG